AUGCAGAAAAUGGAAAAACAUACUGUUGUACAACUUCGUCAGAUUGCAAAGGAAAAUGGUCUUCGUGGUUAUUCAAGACUUCGAAAAGCAGAACUUAUCAAUUUUAUAAAUCAGUCAAUACCAAACAAUAAGAAAGUGGUUUCAGAGAGACGUAAUUUACUCGAUGAUCCGAUUCCUGAACAUGAGAUUCCGGAGGAGCAGAAUAUAUUAAUACCGUCAAAACCAGCUUUGCUGGUAAAAAAGAUAGAUAAGGCUGUUGAUUGGGGGAAGAGGGAGGUAGAAGAUUGGGGUCAGUGGUUGAAGGAACAGGUUGAUGUACCACGAGUGGUGGUUGAUGACAAGUUGAAAGAUUUCAAAACACAUAUCGCUAAGCUUUACGAGAAAAGAGAUCAGUAUCGUUUCAAACUUGUUGAGAAAAAGUCUGCAUUGAAAGGGUUUGUAAAGAUGUACACAAUUGAUGGGGUGGGGGGUUAUGGACCGAUGGAUUUUCUGGAGGGUGUAAAACCGACCGUAAUAAAGUUUUUAUUAACGCAGAAGAAUAUCAAGGUGGAGUUCGUUCUGAAGUGUAAUAUGUCAAAGACAAAUAUUGUGACGGGUGAGACUGUGCUAGAGCUUGUAUAUUUUAAUUCAUCUUCCAAGAUUGUCUUUCAAGAUACUGAUCGAGAAGAACUUUAUCAAGAAUGUGUUGACAAAAUGAUGGAGAGUUUGGCUACGUUUACAAGAAAUGGAAGCGGUUGGUUUAUCCAUUCGGUUGAGGGUUUAGAUUCGCAUACGGCGAAAUACACUCCUUUGAAAGGUUCUUCAUACAUUAAGCUACCAAAAUUUCUCGCAGAUAAGAAGGCUAUCAUAAACAUAAAAAAUGAAGAUGAUGAAUGUUUCAAAUGGUGUGUGACAAGAGCGUUGAAUCCUGUAAAAAAGGACCAAGAGCGUAUCUCAAAGACAUUGAGAGAGCAGGCAAAGAAGCUUGUGUGGGAUGGGAUUAAGUUUCCGAUGGAGGUGACAAAAAUUCACCGCUUUGAAAAGUUGAAUCCGAGUCUUUCUAUCAACGUCUACAUGUAUGAAGGUGGGCUCAAACCCUUGAGAGUGAGUAAGGUUGAGAGCAGCAAGAUCCAUAUUGAUCUUCUUCUCAUCACUGAUCACUGCUUAGACAGUGAAGGUGAUGAAGGUGAAAAAAGUGAGAAAAAACAUUACUGUCUCAUCAAAUCUUUAAGUCGACUUGUAUCGAGUGACCUAUCAAAAGAUGGACAUAAAAAGUUUAUUUGCAAGAGAUGUCUUAAUUAUUUCGGUUAUCAGAAACUUCUUGACGUACACAGCGAACUUUGUCGAGAUCAUGAGGCUGUGAGAGAGAAGAAGCCGAAAGAGGGAACUUUUCUCUCUUUCAAAAACAACUAUAAAAAGAUGGACAUGCCGCUCGUCAUCUAUGCUGACUUUGAGUCAAUCAUCAAACCUUUGCACACAGUUCAACCGAAUCCUGAAGAGUGUUAUACCGAAAAGAAGCAGAAACAUAUCCCAGUGAGUUUUUGCUACUUUGUUAAAUGCUCUUUCGAUGACAAACAUUCAAAACUGGUUGAGUAUACAGCAAAGUCUGAAGAUGAAGAUGUUGCACAGAUAUUUGUUAACAUGCUUGAAGAAGAGGUUAAGACUAUUUACAAAAACCAUCCCAAAAAAGAGAUGAUCUUCACAGACAAUGAUGUUGAACUCUUUGAAAAUGCGAUGUGUUGUUGGUUGUGUGGAGAAGAUUUCAAGAUGGAAGAUGUAAAGGUUCGUGAUCAUUGCCAUUACACCGGUAAAUUUAGAGGAGCUGCGCAUAAUAGUUGCAACCUGAGAUUCCAACGACCAAAAUUUACUCCUGUCGUCUUUCACAAUUUGGCAAACUAUGACGCCCAUCUCUUCGUUAGAAAUCUCGGUGUUUCAGAAGGUGAUAUUAAUUGCAUUCCCAACAACGAAGAAAAAUACAUCAGCUUCACAAAGAGUGUUGUGGUUGACAAGUUUUUCAACAAAAAGAAAAAAGAAGAUGUUGUUGUCAAGAGAGAGUUGAGGUUCAUUGACAGCUUCAAAUUCAUGGCUUCCAGUCUUGACAAGCUUGUCAACAACCUCACCAAAAAGGAUGACUCUUUAGUGAAUACAGGAAGAUACUUUGAUGGAGAAAAGCUUGACUUAUUGAAGAGAAAGGGUGUCUAUCCUUACGAGUGGUUGAAUUCUAUCAACAAGCUUGAUGAGACUGAAUUUCCACCGAUUGAAGCUUUUUUCUCUGUUCUCAGUGGUAGUGGUAUAGCGGAAGCGGAAUAUAAUCAUGCAAAAGAGGUGUGGAAAACCUUUGAGAUGAAAACGAUGCGAGAUUAUCACAAUCUCUACAAUCAAAGUGAUGUUCUCUUGCUGUGUGACGUUUUUGAAAACUUUCGAAAGGUUUGCAAGGAGAACUAUGACCUCGACCCCUGUUGGUACUACACUGCACCAGGUUUGGCUUGGGAUGCAUGCCUCAAGAUGACUGAGAUAGAGCUUGAGUUGUUGAGUGAUCCAAACAUGUUGCAUAUGUUUGAAAAAGGCAUUCGCGGAGGGAUUUCGAUGAUUACAAAAAGAUAUGCAAAAGCAAACAACAAAUACAUGGGUGAAAAGUUUGAUAAAAGCAUACCUUCAAGUUUCAUCACAUAUCUUGACGCAAACAAUCUCUACGGCUGGGCGAUGAGUCAAAAUCUACCGACAGGUGGUUUUGAAUGGGUAGAUGAGAAAGACUUUGGGGGUUGGAAGAGUUUUCCCUGCAUUCUUGAGGUUGAUAUACUUCCCAUCAAAAAAGAGUUGUAUGAUUAUUUUAACGAUUAUCCUCCAGCUCCUGAAAAUCUGUUGAUUGGAAAAGUUCAUAAGUUGGUCUGUACCUUAAACGAAAAAAAGAGGUACAUCGUUCAUCACGAGACAUUGAAGCUUUACAUGAGUCUUGGAAUUGAGAUUGGAAAGAUUCACCGUAUCAUCAAGUUUAAAGAGAGUCCUUGGAUGAAAAAGUACAUCGAUUUAAAUACAGAGUUGAGAGCCAAGGCUGAUAACGAUUUCGAAAAAGACUUUUUCAAACUCAUGAACAUUUCUGUAUAUGGAAAGACGAUGGAAAAUAUUCGAAAACGAGUUGAUGUGAGACUUGUCAACUCAGAAGAUAAGGCAAAAAAAUUGGUAAAUAAGGUCAACUUCAAACACUGCACCAUAUUCUCUGAGAAUCUCUGUGCGGUAGAGAUGAGAAAGACGCAAAUUACCUUCAACAAACCUCUCUAUCUCGGAAUGUGUAUCCUCGAUCUCAGCAAGACUCUGAUGUAUGACUUUCAUUACAACUACAUCAAACCCAAGUACGGAGAUAGAGCAAAGCUUCUUUUCACUGAUACAGACAGUCUCUGCUAUGAGAUUCAGACUGAAGACUUUUACAAAGAUAUAAUUGAUGAUGUGGAUUGUUUGUUUGACACAAGCAACAUUUCAAAAGAUCACCCUUCUGGGAUACCAACCGGGGUAAACAAGAAAGUUAUUGGAAAGUUUAAGGAUGAGGCGGGUGGAAAAAUCAUUGAGGAGUUUGUUGGUCUGAGGGCAAAGCUUUAUUGCUAUAAGAUGUUUGAUAGUGGAGAAGAGAAAAAGAAGUGUAAGGGGGUGAAGACGGGAGUGGUAGAGCGUACCAUCAAUCUUGAUAAUUAUAAAAGAUGCUUGUUUGAUGGUAAAAAACAGCAUCGGAAAAUGAAUACCCUCAGAAGUCGAAAGCAUGAGAUGUUUAUGGAGGAGAUCAACAAACUCGCUCUAUCCGCUGAUGAUGACAAGCGAAUCAUUCUACCAGACAGAGUAGACACAUACCCAAUAGGUCGUUGA